AUGUCCAUUGCAAAGAAGCAAAGCUCCAAGACCGAAUGUCCAGAAGUGACGUCUUCUUUGAGAUUAUCAACAACCUUUAACCACUCGACCCAGCCCGUUUAUCUCCCAGCAUUGACCUCUUUCAAACGCCAGCGUUGCCCAAGCCCGAGUCCAAGCUCCAGCUUCAAUUUAAGCACAAAGCCGGAACUGGACAGCGAGACCGACGAACCUCUCACUAUCACGUCCCCUCAAGCGGAGGACCUCUUCAGUACCCGACAGAUCAAGCGUCUCCACCGAUCGAGGCCUCGAUUCCAGAAGCUCACCACCUCCACCACGUUAUCUGAACAAGAUCAUAGAAACAGCAAUCACCUUACUCAAACUGUCGCACACGACGUUCGUACUGGUGCUUAUGCCGUUCCUCGUAGCGAAACCCGUACAACUACUUCUCCCAGUGCAAAUACUCCCAUGACAUCAGCACAGUGGUGUCAAGCCAAGCAAGAGGAUCCCGCCGCAGUGUCCUUGGCUCUAGCUACGAGGGACUUUAUAGGGAUGAGCAUGAGUAUGGACAUGCAGGAGGGGUUUGGGCAAAAUACAAGGGAGGAAGAGGAAGAGAAGGAGGAGAAGAAGGAAGAAGAGAGACCGAAAAAGAAGAAGAAGAAACCAACAAAGAAGGGAUGGGAUGAAGAGAAACAUUUGAGAAGGGUCUUUGAAUGGAUUCCGAGUCCCGGGGGGCUUGAACCGGUGCCUGAGGAGUUUGUUAAGGGGACUGUAUCUUGGUGA